AAUUUCCGACGCUGGCUGCGACGCCAGUCUUGUCCGCCAGCUAUUCUCCAAUGUCGUGACCUGUUCCAUAAACAUUAUGCUCCGCUGUCUGAUGAACAUCCGGGAAUCUUCGAGGAGCAUCUUGCCCGAGCACGUCUCCGAGCACACGGCACAGUAUAUGCUCGCUCUAGGACUCAUGGCGGCAACAGCCAGGUCAUGUUUCAUCCUGAUGGCAAUCCAAAGACGCCCGCAGUUGCAGGAUCCAUCGAGCAUAUCUUCGCAUCUGGAGAACACCUUGCUUUCGCUGUUCGAAGGUACAAGCCGAUCACAUCCGGCACUGUCGAUCCGUUCAGCCGAUGGCCAGAGUUUCCGGCCAAGCUUUGGUCGACCGCACAGGAGGACACGUUAGAGCUUGUUAAAGUGAACUCCGUGAUGUGCCAAUAUGCAAGGUAUGAUGUUUCGAAUAAGAACAUGGUAGUUCUAAUGCUACCUCGAGUAAGUUCGGUUUCUUCGACUUUUCGCUGGUUAUUUACACCGUCUACAGUAUUAAUUAUUUCACGCGUUUGUUCUGCCCGAGUUGCUCCAACGAUGCUUGCGUGGACUCUCAUACCCUCACCGUACGGAAGACGCAUUGCGCAGCUGUACGGACUCGCAUAA